AUGGCGCCGCCGACUCAGAGAGAAAGGGGCGGGGCUGGUGACGUCGAACCUCCCCGCCCCAUCCGGGUCUCCGCCAAAGGUCGAGCCCGAGCGGUCGCUUUCGGCGCCGGGCUGAGCAGGCAGGGGCACCACCUGGGAGGCCGGCUGCUGCUUCUCCUGUGCUGGUCCAUUCUGCCCUCUUGUGCGGACGGUGUAGGCUGCGGCAAGCAGGACAGCAGAGCUCCCACAAGCAUCGCGCAGGAGUUUGCAGUCCUGGGUGAAUUUCCUUGGGUGGUGUCACUGCAGGAUCGCCAAGGCCGCCACGUGGCCUUUGGGUCCAUCCUCAGCAAGCACUGGAUACUGAGUGUGGCCUCCAGUUUCCAGAACAGGAGCCAGAUCUCGGCCUUGGUUGGGGUCACCAGUCCACAGCAGAGGCACAAGCCGCUUCUCAUCAGCACCACCAUCCAGCACCAGGCUUUUGAUGAACUCACCCUUGUCCACGACCUGGCCCUCCUGAAGACAGCUGCCCCGCUCUCAUUCAGCCAGGCGGUGCAGCCCAUCUGCUUCCCCUUCCCAAACCUCCCUGCUGCCGCUCUGGAAAACUGCUUGCUUGUGGGCUGGCUGAACCCACAUGCAGGAAGCGACUCUCUACGGAAGCUUUCGGUGGUGGACGUGGACCCCUGUCCCCUGCACAGAAUCGUGACCACCGAGUGUGCCAGCCACAGGGAUGGUGACAAUGUGCCUGGAUGCCUGGGUGACCCAGGCAACCCAGUCGCGUGCCAGGCACCGGGCACAGGCCAGUGGGUGCUGAAGGGAGUCCUGAGCAAGGGCGGUGCAAGAUGCUACGGGCCGUUCCUCUACACCCGGGUCUCCUCCUACAGUGAGUGGAUCGUGGCCACCACAGCCAAGCAGGGAACCCCCGUCCCGCCCACCUUCGUGGAGAAACACUUUGCCUCCUGGAUCCCAGCAGGGGAGAACAGAGGGGUCGCGGAGCCCUUGCGUCGGGCCCGAGUGCUCAACUCCUCAGACUCUGGGGAAGAGCCUCCUGGCCAGCUGCAAGCAGAAGAGGCGCUGGAAGGCAGCAGCUCAGGCCAGCCGGUGGAGCCCCAGGGCAAGGCGCUGCUGCCCGUCUACUAUGAUUACUACAGCGGGGAGGUGAUGCCCAUCUCCACGGCCAAGCGGGGCCAGCCUCAGGGACCCCGAGGAGUGCUCUGCGCCAGUUCCUUGCUCCAUCUCCUGACUUUCUGGGCCAUCAGUUAGGUUGUGAGCACCACCAACAUGGCUGAGAUGUGCAGUGAUGGACUCCUCAGGCUGCUCAUGUGUCGCGGUCUCCUGGAAGAGCCUCUUGGGCUAUUAAAGUCUAAGCCCUCCUGGGGCCCCUC